UGGAGGGAGCUCCUGGGGAUUGGGACAAGGAGGCAGAAGGGCAUGCGGACAAAACCCAGAAGAUGAAAUCUUCACCUAACAUCGCCAUUCGGAUUUAAAGUCACGUGAAUGAACCCUGAAACGUACAGGAGUUUGCUUGUUAAAAAUAGCAAAGCAUUCGAAAACAUCAAAUGUCGCAGGAAACUACUGAGUAUCUUUGAGGCUACCAGGGGAUAUAAAGGCACAUCGAGUUUCACCAGCCUUGAAGAGUUGUGGGAAACACAAGGGAAAAGCCGGGCGUUGGAGGGGGCCGGCCCCGCCAUGCCCCUGCUGCACCGAAAGCCGUUCGUGAGGCAGCGGCCUCCGGCCGACCUGAGGCCCGACGAGGAAGUUUUCUACUACAAAGUCACCCGGGAGAUCUUCCGCCACUACGAUGACUUUUUUGAACGAACUAUACUGUGUAACAGCCUUGUGUGGAGCUGUGCUGUGACCGGUAAACCUGGACUCACCUAUCAGGAAGCCCUUGAGUCAGAAAAGAAAGCCAGACAAAAUCUUCAGAGUUUUCCAGAACCACUAAUAGUUCCAGUUUUGUACUUGACCACCCUUACCCAUCGUUCGCGUCUGCAUGAAAUUUGUGAUGAUCUCUUCGCUUAUGUCAAGGAUCGAUAUUUUGUUGGCGAAACUGUGGAAGUAGUUAGGAACAAUGGUGCAAGGUUUCAGUGUAAAAUAAUAGAAGUCAUCUCGCCAGCUCAGCACAAUGGGAUCGCUAAUGGCCACAUCAACAAUACCGAUGAUGAUACCAUUAUCAUCAGUGAUAGCGAUGACUCUGAAACUCACGACAGUGCUACACAAAAUGGGAAGAAAAACACCAUAAUUGAUUCUUCAUUGUUCAAAUACAAAGUGCAACCUGUAAAAAAAGAAGUAUAUGAACCUGUGGUUGUUAAAGCAUCUCAAAUAAGCCGGCGGAAACAUCUGUUUUCUCGUGAUAGGCUUAAACUUUUUUUGAAGCAACACUGUGAACCACACGAUGGAGUCAUUAGAAUUAAGGCUACAUCUGUUGCAAAAUACAAAAUAGCAGAACAGAAUUUUUCUUACUUCUUCCCUGAUGAUCCACCGUCAUUUGUCUUCAGUCCUGCAAGUAGACGGAGAGGAAGGCCUCCAAAAAGAAUAUCCAUUGGUCAUGAGGACAGGAUUACUAAUGCACAGAUUGUUCAAGGAAGUAGAAGUGCGGCUAUGAAAGAAAGGGAAAGAAUCCUAAAACAAAAAGAUGAAAUGAAGUCACUGACUUUUGAAAAGGCCAAAUUAAAAAGGGAAAAGGCAAGUGCCAUAGAAGCCAAAAAAAAGGAAAAGGAAGAUAAAGAGAAAAAAAGGGAAGAGUUAAAGAAAAUUGUAGAAGAAGAGAGACUGAAGAAGAAAGAAGAAAAGGAGAGACUCAAAAUACAAAAAGAAAAGGAAAGAGAGAAGUUACGGGAAGAAAAACGAAAAUAUUUGGAGUACUUAAAGCAAUGGAGUAAGCCUAGGGAAGACAUGGAAUGUGAUGACCUUAAGGAACUUCCAGUACCAACUCCAGUGAAAACUCGACUGCCUCCUGAAAUCUUUGGUGAUGCUCUGAUGGUGUUGGAAUUUCUUCAUGCUUUUGGGGAGCUCUUUGACCUUCAAGAUGAGUUUCCUGAAGGAAUCACUCUAGAGGUUUUAGAGGAAGCUCUCGUAGGAAAUGACAGUGAAGGCCCACUAUGUGAAUUGCUUUUUUUCUUCUUGACCGCCAUCUUUCAGGCUAUCGCUGAAGAGGAAGAGGAAGUAGCCAAAGAGCAAAUAACUGAUGCUGAUACCAAAGAUUUAACAGAGGCUUUGGAUGAAGAUGCAGACCCCACAAAAUCUGCACUGUCUGCAGUUGCAUCUUUGGCAGCUGCAUGGCCACAGUUACACCAGGGCUGCAGUUUGAAAAGCUUGGAUCUUGAUAGCUGCACUCUUUCUGAAAUCCUAAGACUUCACAUCUUAGCAUCAGGCGCUGAUGUUACGUCAGCAAAUGCGAAGUAUCGUUAUCAGAAACGAGGGGGAUUUGAUGCUACAGAUGAUGCCUGUAUGGAACUGCGUUUGAGCAAUCCUGGAAUACUGAAGAAACUUUCUAGUACUUCAGUGUAUGAUUUGUCGCCAGGUGAAAAGAUGAAAAUUCUUCAUGCACUCUGUGGGAAACUACUGACCCUUGUCUCCACUCGAGAUUUUAUCGAAGACUAUGUGGAUAUAUUACGGCAAGCAAAGCAGGAGUUUCGAGAACUAAAGGCUGAGCAGCAUCGCAAAGAGAGAGAAGAAGCAGCAGCUAGGAUACGCAAAAGAAAGGAAGAAAAACUCAAGGAGCAAGAGCUAAAGAUGAAAGAGAAACAGGAAAAAUUGAAGGAAGAGGAGCAAAGAAAUACUACUGCGGAAAUAUCCAUUGGGGAAGAGGAACGGGAGGAUCUAGAUACUAGCACUGAGAGCAAAGAAAUUGAACAGAAGGAACAGGAUCAGGACACUGUCACAGAAGACGAGGAGGAUCUGGGAUCCAGUAAAAGAGGAAGACGAGGGAGAAGAAGUCAGAGUGGAUUUAAAGAUUUCAUAAGGCAAGAAGACACCGGAUGUGCCAAGAGAAAGUCUCUUACGGCUGAUGAAGAAGAAACAUUAAAACGGGAGCAACAAAAAAAGGAAAAGGAUCUUCUCGAAAAAAUCCAAAAUGCCACAGCCUGUACCAACAUUUUUCCUCUGGGCCGUGACCGCAUGUAUAGGCGCUAUUGGAUCUUCCCUUCUAUCCCUGGGUUGUUUAUAGAAGAGGAUUUUUCUGGCCUCACAGAAGAUAUGUUGUUGCCCAGGCCAUCAGCCUUUCAAAAUAACAUACAGCCUCGUGUGGCAAAUGAACCUCAGGUAUCUACUAAAACUGGAGAGUGUCUGAAGGCUGAAUCUACCUCCAUUAUUGACCAAGUUCCAUACAGUGUUGCCGUCCAGAUGCCAAGGCCAGUGCGUAAGCCAAACCGUUGGUGCUUUUACAGUUCCCAGGAACAGCUGGAUCAACUCAUUGAGGCUCUCAAUUCUCGUGGCCAUAGGGAAAGUGCCUUAAAAGAAAUUCUCUUGCAAGAAAAGGGCAGAAUAUGUGAGCAGCUAGCUGGUUUUUCAGAGGAACAGUUCCAUAUUCCAGAUAAAGCUCAGACCGAAAGCAAACCGACUUUGGGACGAGGGAGACUGUCCAGUACGUAUGAUACUUCUCAAAUGACUGCAGAAAAGCAGCUUGAAUUGAGGCUGAGAGACUUUCUUUUGGACAUUGAAGAUAGAAUCUACCAAGGAACACUUGGGGCAAUUAAGGUUACAGACCGACAAACCUGGAGAGCAGCCUUAGAAAGUGGAAGGUAUGAACUGUUGAAUGAGGAAAAUAAGGAAAAUGGGAUUAUUAAAACUGUGAAUGAAGAUGUAGAAGAGAUGGAAAUUGAUGACCAAGCCAAAUUCAUUGUAAAAGAUAGACUUCUGGGGAUAAAAACAGAAACGCCAAGCGCUGUCUCAACCAAUACAAGCACACCGCAGCCAGUCAGUAACAUGGUCCAUUACCUGGCCAGCGCACUACUGCAGAUCGAACAAGGCAUUGAACGUCGGUUCCUCAAAGCGCCUCUUGAUGCAAGUGACAGUGGCCGUUCUUAUAAGACCGUCUUGGAUCGUUGGCGAGACUCUCUCCUGGCCUCUGCCAGCCUUUCCCAAGUCUUCCUCCAUCUCUCCACCUUGGAUCGAAGCGUCAUUUGGUCUAAGUCUAUCCUGAAUGCUCGCUGUAAGAUUUGCCGAAAGAAGGGUGAUGCCGAAAGCAUGGUGCUCUGUGACGGCUGCGACCGAGGUCACCAUACCUACUGCGUGAGGCCGAAGCUCAAGGCCGUUCCCGAAGGAGACUGGUUCUGCCCAGAGUGCCGACCGAAGCAACGCUCGAGACGCCUCUCCUCCAGACAGAGACCGUCCGUGGAAAGUGAUGAAGAGCAGGAAGAACAGAUGGGGGAGGAGGAAGAGGAUGAUUAUGCUGAAGUUGGGCAAAGCGAAGAAGAGGAUUAUGAGAUGGAGCAGGAGGAAGAGGAUGAGUCUCAAGAAGAGGAAGAAAUGAGUCCUCCAAAGCGUGGAAGACCACAAGUAAAGCUAUCAAUCAAAACCAGAAGCCGACUUAAUACUCCUUUCUCAAGUCGAAGCAGCCAGCGCCAGGACCCUGGGAGAUACGCUUCUCGGAGUCAGCAGAUUACCCCCAAACAAAGCGGGUCUGCCUCGAAAACUACCGGGAAAGGCCUGAGAAAGAUCAGAUCGGCCCCUACGACAGAAACUAAGCCUUCUUCCAGAUUUCCAAGCCGCUCGACUCGUCAAAGCCAUGGCUCCUUGCAAGCAGAUGCGUUUGUCGAACUUCUUAGUCCUCGUAGGAAGCGAAGGGGCAGGAAAACUGCAGAAAACACACCAGAAAACAGCCCCUCCAGCUUUCCUAGCUUCAGGGUCAUUGCCACUACCACAAGUGAGCAGACGAGACCAUUAAAUUCUACACCAAAAUUUUCUCUUCAGGAUAGCGAGCCCAAGAUAAGGGGCAGAAAACGACAAUCUACAGAUUCAUCUCCCAAGACAAUGAACCGAAGAAGUUCAGGUCGCCAGGGAGGAGUCCACGAACUGUCCGCUUUUGAGCAGCUUGUAGUAGAGCUGGUACGGCAUGACGACAGCUGGCCUUUCUUGAAACUGGUUUCCAAAAUUCAGGUUCCAGACUACUAUGAUAUCAUCAAAAGACCUAUUGCCUUAAAUAUUAUUCGUGAAAAAGUGAACAAAUGUGAAUACAAAUUAGCAUCUGAGUUCAUUGAGGAUGUUGAACUGAUGUUCUCAAACUGCUUUGAGUACAACCCCCGCAACACAAGUGAAGCGAAAGCGGGAACUAGACUUCAAGCAUUUUUCCACAUUCAAGCUCAAAAGCUUGGACUGCACGUGACCCCUGGAAACGUGGAUUAUGCUGCGCCUCCAUCUGCGAAAAAGUCGCGGAUAUAAUUCGGUCCUUCCAAAGGAUUCGUUUUGAAAGAACCUAAUGUUGUUCAGAGAAGUGGAACGUUAAAUCACGCGGAGAAGCAGUCGUGUCUGUAUAAAGCAAUAACAACAGUUUAACCACCUUGAAGUGUGGCCUGCACUAUAUUCUCAAUUUUAAUAUUAAGCACUCAGGAGAAUGUAGGAAAGAUUUCCUUUGCUACAGUUUUGUUCAGUGUCUAAAGUCUGAUGUAUUGGAUACAGUACUGGUUUACAGAGGUUUGUACAUUUUAAAAAUCAUUCAUGUGUCCAAAUAGCCCCCCAAAUAUUAUUUCUUCCGCACCUAUGCCUUGUUUCAUCUUCGUUGUUCUAGAAGCUGUGGUAUUGUGGGGGCUUUAUCAAGAUGGAUGAAAUCUUCUACUGUAGCACAGUUUGGGAAACUGUGUAAAAAUGUCUGAGAAUUGUUAAUGAGCACACCUUUUUCAACACUACACAUGAAUGAGUACAAUUGCAUAUCUUUAAAAGUGCUGUACCAGUGCCGGCUGGAGGUAUUCAGUCUGAGUUUAUUAAGUAGAUAUUUAUUUAGCAUUCAAAGGAAUUUGUGAAUUUGUUUUGUAUUUAUAAAAUUCGUGCCUGGGGAAAACAAAGCUCCUUAAAUUUUUGUUUUAAAUUUUACUGUGUUGUUGACUCCUCUGACUCCCUAAUGAUCACCCAGACCAGGUAACACCUUUCCUUCGCAGUUCUUCCAGCGGAUAAAUAACUUUUGCAGAACUGUAUAAUAAGUUUCUACGUACAACUUUUUUAAGUGUACAAAUAAAAUGAUACAUUUUUUCAAAGUA